AUGGAUCCCCGUGCCUCCAACAAUUCAGAUGAUGAACUCGACGACUCGCUUUACAAUGAGUUUGAGCAAGCCUGUGCUUCUGUCUCUGGCCUUUUCAAACAACCCAAUUGGCGUACCUUCCAGACGGCUGCCGUCCACACAACCCAAUUGUACAAGGCAGGAUCAGAAGCUUCGAAAAGAGCAUAUGAGAAAGGAAUGCAUCAAGGACGACUUCAGUUGGCCAAAGAAUUGUUGGCUUUGAAGAGAUAUGGCGCGAAGAUUGAUGCUGGAGAUGUGUAUAAUAUCUUGCAGAAGUAUGCCCUCCUUCCGAAUGAUUAUGGGAUUCCGGCGAGACAAAGAAGAAUGACCAAUCAGAACGAUGGAGGGGUCACUCAGGCCGUGUCUUUGUUUCAACAGGUAAGAGUACCUUUAUUUUGAAUUUGUUUUGUUUUUAGGACGACGGGACUUGGGCCAGUUUGAAAGCUUUUGCUAUUAAUGGAAAUAUUUUGUCUAGAGCAUUUAUUUUAGGCUUUGAACCCACCCAACGCCUCUCCAAACUCCCAUCACCGUCCUGCCGAGCUCAACACUUUCCUCCACAAUCAAGUUCUCAGACACCGGAAACGAAAUCACUCACCCAUGGACUCGACUAACAUCCCCAACAAUCAUUUCAACAAGAGGAAGCGAUUCUAG